AUGAGCACAACAACAACAACAACAACACCGAUGAUGAAGAGGAAUAACCCGGAUUAUGAAAUCCCUCCACCUGAUCAAGAAGAAGAAUUAUUAGCUAAAUUAGUCUUUGGUGAUACUUCAGAUUUCCAAUCUAGUCUAGCUAACUUCAACUUGGAUUUCUUGAAUGAAGAUGAUGUCGCUAUAUUUAACGGUGAUGAAGAAACCGGGAAUGGAAGCGAUGAUGAUCAGAACGAGGCGGGAGAAGAACAAGAGAAUAUGGAUCAUGUUAACGAUGAUCAAUUGUUCUUCGUUGAUGAAGGUCACUCUAGUAACAAUGAGGAUGAUGAUGCGAUGGAUAUCGACGAAGAAUCAGAUUUCGAAAGUAGUGAAGAAGAGGAUUCCGAUUCCGAUUUCGAAGACGGAAACGCAUGGGUAGAUUCAGAUGAUGAAAAUUUGAAUAUUUCCAUAAUGACUACAAACAAGACUAAAAAAUUAAGAACUUCAUAUCAAGAAACUUCAAUUAAUGGUAAAAAUUAUGUUCGUCGUUUAAGAGCUCAAUUUGAAAAAAUAUAUCCAAGACCAAAAUGGGUCGAUGAUAUAUCAGAUGAAGAAGACAACGCAGAUUCAUCAGAGGAGGAAAAUAAUGAUAUAGAAGAAGCAAUCGAUGGUGAUGUCCAUGCACUUUCCAAGAUCUUACAAACUACCUACAAUUACAAAGAUACUUCAAUCUCAAAAUUAUUACCUCCAAAGACUCUAGAUAUAUUACGUCUAAAAGAUGCAAAUAUAUCACAUCCAUCUCAUUCAGCAAUCCAAUCCCUAUCAUUCCAUCCAACAAAACCAUUAUUAUUAACAGGUGGGUAUGAUAAAACAUUAAGAAUUUAUCACAUCGACGGUAAACAUAAUCACCUAGUGACAAGUUUACACUUAAAAGGAACACCAAUACAAACUUGUACAUUUUACAUGACACCAUCUCAUUCAGAACAAAAAAUAUUCACAGGUGGUAGAAGACGUUACAUGCAUUCAUGGGAUCUUUCCUCAUCAUCAUCCGCUUCUUCUUCCUCCUCCUCAAUGAUGAUGGCUAAAGUGGAAAAAUUCUCAAGAUUAUAUGGUCAUGAAGAAACUCAACGAUCAUUCGAAAAAUUCAAAUUAGGUCAUUAUUAUAAUUUUAGUACGAAGGAAACGCACGGUAUAAUCCUUUUACAAGGUAAUAAUGGAUGGAUUAAUAUAACCCAUGCCACUACGGGACUUUGGUUGACCGGUUGUAAAAUUGAAGGUAUAUUGGUUGAUUUCUGUAUUGAUUAUAAACCAUUAUCAGGUAACAAGUUCCAAACUAUAUUGAUUGCUACUAACACAUAUGGUGAAGUUUGGGAAUUUAUAUUAAAUAAAAAUGGUGAAAUAUUGCGUAGAUGGAAAGAUGAAGGUGGUGUUGGGAUUACAACAAUUCAAGUAGGUGGUGGUACUAAUUCAAAUAAUUUCUUUUCAACAACAAAAAAUGGUAAUAAUAACAAGAUUCAAAGUAAUAAAUGGUUAGCUAUAGGCAGUGAGAGUGGGUUUGUAAACAUAUAUGAUAGAAAGAAAAAUAACACAAUCACAACUCCAGUAGCGUCAUUAGAUCAAUUGACUACUUCUAUCUCUUCAUUGACUUUCUCACCAGAUGGCCAAAUGUUGUGUAUGGCUUCAAGAGCUGUUAAAGAUGCCCUAAGAUUAAUUCAUCUUCCAAGUUGUACUGUUUUCGCAAAUUGGCCAACAAGUGGUACGCCGCUGGGUAAAGUUACAAGUGUAACAUUUUCUCCUAGUGGUGAAAUGUUAGCAGUAGGUAAUGAACAAGGUAAAGUAAGACUUUGGAGAUUAAAUCAUUAUUGA